GUCUUUCUCUCUCUCCCUCUCUCCUCUUCGUCCUCACAGCUUCAGGAACCAGAACUUCUCUGACUCUCCUUCCGUCGCCAAUCCAACCACGAAUUGGUCAAAACUCCGUUUAUCUUGACGAAUCACACGACUUUCUACCGAUAGCCUGCCCCAUUUCGUUUCAACUACCGGCGCCUUAUCAUUGUCAUCGGCGGAUUGUUCGGCCAACAAAUCCCCCAUCUGCAGUCUGCAGUCUGCAGUCGAUAUCUUGCCUCUCCUCUCGUCUCGCCUCGCUGCCGCCUCCUCUCCAGUACCCACGCUCUCCUCUCGCCCGGGGUGCACAGCUGCAACUGCAAGAAAGAACCCAUGGGGCCUUGUCUCACCGACUGCCACCACCAUUACCACCACCAACUCUUUGCUGGCUCGAUAUAGUCUCGUUCCAUCUGCAUGCCCUGCAGCAACGCCGUUGAAUUCCUAUUGGCAGCGGCACCUGGUCCAGCAGCAUCAUCUUCCUGUAUCCUGCCAGGGCCUCGUCCUUCUCGGAUUUGACGGGCGCCCCCAAAAGACAACGCAAACGUAUCUGCCCAUUUCCCGUCUGUAAGUCACUUCUCUUUUGCUUUAUUGCUUCUUUCUAUUGUCUCCUUCGUGCCUCGCCGUCCACCUCGCUCAUGUCACGUCUUCCCGUUCACCCCCUUGCCUGGCUGGAUUCCUGCUUCUGUGACAGUUGUGUUGUUGCAAAUAUCACCUCGUCUUCCCAUCUUAUACCCUCCACGCAAACCACGGCAGCAAAUGCAACAGACCGACGACCCCUGGCCUCCAUUGCAUCCCGAAUACUACUUCACUUCCUCCGCCACCUUGGCCUCAUUCUCCCUCGACAACUUGCAGCAUCGGAUCCAACUACGGGCAGCAGGCAAACAACUUCGCCUUCCUAUCAGUGCGGCCUGCCCAGCAAUUAGACCCCUUUCCUCCAAUACAUCACCCUCAUCAGCCCUUUUUCUUUCUCGCCUUGCCUUCCCCCCAGCCAUCCAACUCUCCUUCAGACAACCCUUAUCCAUGCCAUCUUCUCGCUUGCUUUUCCCAGCACAUGGUCGAAUCCUCCCUCCGCUGACAUUGGGUAUCUCGCUUGCCAACUAGCCCCGUCCCCAGUCUUCGCCAUCUUCCCUGCCCUGAUCCUCCGUGGUUCCACAGGCCCUGUCCGAUUGCCUGUUCUACCCUGGAGCUUGAAGCAGCCUUAAUAUGCAAGCCGUAGCAGCACACUGGCCGACCAAGUCCAUGGACAAGCAGCAACAUCCUUGGUGAUCGAUUCCACCUCGCCGAAUACAAUAUCAGCAAUAAUACUUAGCUCCCCGGCUCCAUCUCCGUUCUGGGUCCCCAAGAAUUUGCAACGAAGCGACGAAGAAAAAAAAAAGAAGUGGAAAGAGCAAGAGAGAGGGAAAAAAGCAAUUAAUACCAUUCGAACCCACUCAAAGCGCCAUCGCUGCAUUUACCAACAACGCGUUCCCCCUUCGCCCCGUUGCCGAAUUUCCUCGCUUCUUGUCUGCGCGCGCCGUUCUCGUCUCGCUCAGACAUCCCCAACUUCCAUCCCCCGCGUUGGAGGUCUCCUCUUUACCGCCUCCAUCGCCGCCUCCCGACACCCGUUGCUGCCACUUCCAUUGGGACGAAACUUCCUUUUCGUCCGUCACCUGUGCGACAUUUGACAGCACCAGCAAACACCGUACGAAGCCGAACUGUCCCCGCGCUCGCCCCCGAGCUUUAACGGUCGCUCAUCGUUGCAACCCUGCAUCAUCCCACCUUGGACCUGUGGAUCUACCACCGAAAUCCCCCGCUCUCAACCUCUCAUCCCGCCGCUGAUCCAUUUCUACGUCUCUUCCCGCUCGCUCGUUCGCUCGUCGCUCUGCCUUGCCCAGGGCUGGCGUAACAGUUGGCCACCACAGUUCCGUGUCGCAUUGUGAAGCCCGCCGAAAUUCCUGUUGGAGCGACUUCGCUGCGCACCAACUUUUCUCGCUGCAGGAGCUGAAAGUCGUCCACCUCCCAACGACAUUAAGCGUCACCACCGAUCAACGGGCUUCGCACUCGACUCCCAUCUGUAAGACCCGAUUUGCGACUUGCAGGAAUACCGCCCAGCAACUAGUAUGCUUGCUGUUGCGUGGUGGCACACACAUUAUCCUCGGAAACAUAAUCUGAUCGGCCAUCACUCAAUUUUGGAAGAGGCAGAAAGGCGUGCUGGCUAGUUUACGGAAAGCAAGACGUGGUGGGACGCUCAGGUGCAGCUCUGGAAGAGACGACGAAUUCCGGGGACGCACAUAGAAUCACCAAACCUCAGAUGCGGGCGGACCCCAAAUGAGGACAAACCAUGGAAUGAGCAUGGCACCACCGGGAAUGGAUGGACGAACCUACCACAACGGGGUUCACAACGUUACGCCGCGCCUCGAUUGGCAGCAAUCCCAGAACCAGAACUUGUCCGCAGACUCGUCGUCUCGCGGCAUGGAACGCGUCUCAAUCUCCAAUCUACGCACCUCAUUCCGCUCUAACCAUCCGUCGAACCCCACGAUCCGCGCCGUGACACCCGAGUAUCAUCAUCCGGACCUCUCGCCGACGCCGUCCGCGAACGCCGUAUUCGAUCCGACCGCCCCUCCUCAGAUACCCCGCGGCAUCACGUCGAACUCCCCUCAAACCUCCCCGAGAUCGAUCCCGGGAGAUUUUUCGAGACGACAGGGAAUGGUGUUUAAUGACACAUACGGUGGAAGCUCCUACGAGAAUAAUUCGACUAGUCCGCCUCUGAGGCAACAAAGCAGCUUUCGGCCUAGGACACACACCAUGGACGGCGCACUACGCCAGCAGUUCAUGAAUGCUGCCUCUCGAGAGGGCCGCCAGCGUGUGGGGUCGUUUUCUUCUUCUGGAUCUCAGCCCUUGUACGACGAUGCUCGCUCUCCACCGCCUCCCAUCGAGUCCUUGGGAUUUCCCUCGGUCAUCCCGGCCCGACACUCGGAGAUUCCCUUAGGUGUCGCAAACAGCCUGAAAGAGAAAAAGCUGUCGACGAAACGUCUGAUUAAGCGCCAGUCUUCCCGGCCAACUUCUCCGCCAACAAGCUCAACGCCUUCUGUUGAUUCGCUACCCAUUCCCGUUCCGACUGAAAAUGCGAACAACAUUCUGCUCAUGAUGAAAAAUCUAUGUGGGCGCAUGAGAGGUGAAAUCGAAUUUCAGACUGACCCCCGUGGUCCAUGGCAGCUUGGUAUUGCAUACGUUGAUGAAGAGAAGGGAAGUUUGAUGUUUGACUCAGGACAUGAUGGGCCAUUUCAUAUCCCCCUCAUUUCUGACCUCCGCGGAUGUCGAGUUGCGCCAGUCACAUUACCUGAUGGGAAAAGAUGUUUGGACGUUUCGUGUCCCAUCCAGCCCCCGUUGGAUCUUCUAAUUCAUCCGCUUCUGGCGGAAGAAACAGACCUUUGGCUUGCAGCUUUGCUCUGCUGGCAACAACUUCGACCUCCGAAAGUGAAACUCUCGAACGGCAAUCGAAGUCCUGCGCCUACCGCCCUGCGUCCAGCAGUAAGAAGGCGGGGCUCUGAGAACGGAACGGCAAAGACUACAACUGCAUUCAUCAAGGUCGGCCAAGUGAGACUUUGGGACAAGGGCUUGGCAAAUUCGCCGAGAGCCAUCGUGAAAAGACCAUCCACGAGGGAUCUGAGAUCGCCGACUACUUCUUGGCGGGUUGUUUCCCUCCUCCUUCAAGAAAAUGGAGAGGUUCGACUCACCACAAGAGAUGGCGAGGCUGUCAUCGCCGUGGUCGAACUAUCCCAACUAUCUCGAUGCGCUAUCCAACAGCUGAACCGGUCAGUUUUGGACGAAGAGUACUGCAUCGGCAUUUUCCCACACUAUUCUCCGAUAUCUACACAGCUUUCCAUAUUCCGUCCUGUGUACAUUGCUCUGGACAACCGCUUGUUAUUCGAGGUCUGGUUUGUUCUUCUUCGAGCAUUCGCGCUGCCGGACAUUUUCCGACUGGAUUCGCCUUCAGCCGAAGGAGCGAUGGAGGUAACGGAUUUGGAGUCAGAGCUUUCCGGCGAGAUAUUCAGGAUUGAGAAGACGAUCAGUCUGCGGGUGACGGAGGCAAAACUGAGACCGAAGACUUGUUCUCCCGACGUUGGCUUCAUCGACCGACAGCCUAAGGACGCAGACCCUUUGAUGGGCAACUACCUGACAGAAGUCAUACUGGAUGGCGAGGUCCGCGCCCGAUCAACUAUCAAGACUGGAACCAAGAAUCCAUUCUGGCGGGAAGAUUACCAAUUUUCGGACCUUCCGCCGACCAUGCCAUUCCUGUCCAUUAUUCUGAAAAGAGUGGACGGGAACCUGGAAAGUUUCAGCCAUCAACUGCAGGCAUCACUUGGUCUGCCCAAGACGGGAAAUUUGACAGAGAUUCUUUGCGGCUCUGUUGACAUCCCCUUGGACCAUGUCGAACCCGGCAAAGACUUCGAGCGGUGGCUUGAGAUCUACGACGAACGACAGCAGGUCAUGGGCACAAUGCUUGUGAAGCUCCAUCACGAGGAGCUCGUUGUUCUUCAUUCCAAGGAAUACCAGGCGCUGUCAACUUUGCUUCACAGCUUUCCGUCCGGUCUGACCGCUCAGAUUGCUGAUGCACUUCCCGGCAAUUUGCGGCGGCUUUCCGAAAUCUUUCUCAACAUUUUCCAAGUGUCUGGUCAUGCGAAUGAAUGGCUGCAAACACUAGUCGAAGACGAGAUCGACGGCAUCGGCGGCAGUCAAAACCAGAUGAAGAAGUACCGAUUCAGCAGCCGCUUGAAAUCGAAUGAGUCCAUGGAGUCGUCCAGUGACAGAGAGCAAAUUCUUCGUGACAUGGGUAAAUCUCUUGCAGGAGAGGCCAACCUGUUGUUUCGAGGCAAUACGCUGCUGACACAAGCGCUUGAGUUUCACAUGAGAAGAUCAGGGAAGGAGUAUCUCGAGCAGAUGUUGCAAGCCAAGAUUUUCGAGAUCAACGAGAGCAACCCCAACUGCGAAGUCGACCCGAGCAAGCUCAAACCUGGUGAAAACAUUCAGGAGCACUGGACAAGACUGAUUCAGCUGACGACGGAGGUGUGGCAAUGUAUUUGCAAGGAGCCCACGAAAUGCCCACCGGAACUUCGGUCAAUCCUCAAAUAUGUACGAGCCGUGGCUGAAGAUCGCUACGGCGACUGGCUUCGAACCGUCACUUACACGAGUGUGUCGGGCUUCCUGUUCCUCCGUUUCAUUUGCCCAGCGAUUUUGAGCCCCAAGCUCUUUGGUCUGUUGAGGGAUCACCCAAGACCCAGAGCACAGCGAACGCUCACACUGGUUGCCAAAGCACUUCAGGCCCUUGGAAACCUGUCUACAUUUGGUAAGAAGGAAGACUGGAUGGAGCCAAUGAACAAAUUUCUGGGCUCCAACCGUCAGUCGGUCAAGGACUACAUUGAUACGAUCUGCGCCAUCCCUGUCGAACGCAACAAGGUCGCCCUGGGUCCAUCCUAUUCGACACCUAUCGCGAUUCUUGGACGACUAUCACCAACGGCACGAGAGGGGUUCCCUGCACUGCCGCACUUGAUUGAUCACGCUCGCAAUUUCGCCGCGCUGGUCAAGAUGUGGACUGAGGCCAAUCCUAUCGGGAACGGGGAGGUAGUCAAACCUGUAGGCGGCGAAGACGACAUUCUCAUUUUCAAUGAAAUGUGUCUGGUGUUGCAGGAGCGCGCCGACCUAUGCUACUCGAAGUUGGAUGGCUCUUCUCACGAGACUGCGUCCCUUCCUGCCUCCGAUUUUGCCGACGCUAUGGAUCAUAACUCUGCCAUCUUGGAUUCCAUGAGCCUCUCCACGCAUCACAACAAUCACUCGGCACCGACCUCAGCGAACACGUCCACAGUUUGGCUUGACCAAGACAAUUACCAACCACCUGGGUCGGCUGGCAGCGACGUAUUAAUCGAUGUUCCUACGCGAAGAAGUCGUGAGCACCGCCGUGGCCGAGAUUUCAGCUCCCUGCGGCAAGCGUCUGGACAUUCAGAGCACGCGUCUUCGCAUUUGGCUACGCUCAAGCGAAAUGGCAGGGCUACCCGUCAUAUUCUGUCUGGCAUCAUGAAGCCGUUCGCGCGGAGCGAUUCACCUGAGUCGUCUCCAUCAACAUCACGCGGCAAGAAUCUCGACCGAUCAUGGAACACUGGCUAUUGAUGUGCCUUAUUUCCCACUCAUUUUCCUUUGUCCAUCACUAUUUUGAUACACACGCAUACGAAUCAAAACCAAAAAAACUUCAAUGGCCGAAUAACGAGCCAAAGUCUUUGCAUUCUUAACAAGGAGGAUGUCUGGAUACGCCCAGCUUGGAGCGUCAAGAGAGUGCGGAAGGGCAGCGCCUCUUCUGCAUUACUAUCACCUGCGCCGGAAUCAGGGGCAGGCUUGGGUGGGCAAGGAUCGACUGAACUACCUCGGGCGUUUCUCCAUUUGCACAAUGUUCAUCAAUGGAGCCUGCUUGGGAUGGAUCCUUUCUACAUGUUUCUACAUGUUGAUGCAUUCGGUUGGAGGGAGGGUCGGCCCUAUUUGUUUUUCACUUUCUUCUUACAUCCAAACCCAUCCCGUGUUCGUCUCUUCUUCCUCGCCAACUUUUCUUGAGCUGGUUGGAGGGUAGGUAGCCGUCGCGACAUGGGCCACGAAUGAAUAUACCCAGACAUAUCAUGACUAGCAUUUACGUGUCUUGCCUCAGCCUCACGCCACGAGACUCGUCACAGCAUAUUUCAUUUCCCUUUAGAACAAAACGAAACGAGCA